AUGAAGUCGACAUUUCCCAAUGCACAAGACCAACCAGUAACCCCCAGAGUGCUCCCACUGACCCUGCCCCAAAACGACCUCUCAACCUCUCUGAUCGAGGUCCCGCACAAGGAUCAGAAUCCGCCACUUUCCCUGAAAGUCGUGAUCUUACUGAUUUCGUCCCUAAACGAGAACUUCCAUUUUUGGGACGUCGAAAGGAACAAGAUGGUUCCCAGAAACAAGAGGAAGCCAGCCCCUGACAACACGCCAGAGAAGCAAUUCCAAAAACCAGUUUCACUCGGCCAACUCCCAUCUGACAAACCGGAUCUCAAGGCCAACCGAGGCCGAAAGCGAAGCUGGGUCCUUACUGAAGAUGCAGCGAAGCCCACAGGACAGGCUCCAGCCAAAAAGACUAGAGCAGCUGACGAAACUUCUUUGCGCACAGCAGCCGGAGGCUCUUCGCAAAAUGUCGAGACACCACCUGUAACCAAGCCAGUUAGAAUAAUUCUAGUCAACAAGACCAAACCAGCCAAAGAGUCUGCCGUCGACGUACAUCGAAGCCAAGACAACCCAUCGGAAGAGACCAACAACAAGGUGACGGGUCACGAGUCAGACGCUGGUGAUGACAUAGGACCCACUGAGACUCCUCUGCGUGCUCAAGCGUUGUCUCGGACGCGAGCUCAGACGCGAGCACUCCAGAAAUCAACCAUCAGUGAGGAGCAUCAAGAUGACCGGAUUGAUGCGUCGAAGCUGCCUCAAGAUGGAAACACUCCAGUUCAGCCCAGAUACAUGGCUGACGCAGUCUCCAAUGCAACUCAGACAACGCCCAAGCCAACGAGUUGCCCUGACAAUGCACAUCAUCAAAUUCCUAAUGCAAAAGCUACUGAUGCUGUCAUCAAAGGAAAAAAAGACUUCAUCUCACAGAUCGAUGGGAAGAUGGCAGCCCGAUUAAAUGUGGAAGAGCUGAUCAAGAAGCGACUAGACCCUGAAGAUGCCACAAGCAUGAAGACGAUCGAACUUGAAAUAGUGAUCAGCAUGGCCGUACGAGAUCCCGCGAUGUUCAAGACCCUCAUGAAGAAGUUGCGGGUGGUAGAGUUGGUUCGAGGCUCAAACCCUGGAAGUUCUCCCACUGACGAUGAGAUGGAUUCCGCGGAACAAUGA